CAGAGGAGUUUCCUCCGUUCCUCUGACUCAGACUUCUUAAAGGCCUUAGUUGAGUAAUGGAGCUGGUGGCUAGCUGUCUAUGGGAGUCCUGGAUCUUCCUCUUACUCUGCGGGCCGCUGCUUGCUUUCGGUUUCUACUGCGCCUACGUGCACUCCGUCCAUCUGCGAUAUGACCACAUCCCUGGGCCGCCCAGGGCCAGUUUCUUAUUUGGACACUUAUCUUACAUCACAAGACAAAAAUGGGACAAUGGUAAAAUUCGACAGGAUGUAUUUUUGGAAUGGGCCAAAGAAUAUGGACCAAUUGUGCGUAUAAAUGUCUUUCACCGGGCCUCAGUGAUUUUAACAAGUCCUGAGUCAGUCAAGGUAUUCCUGAUGAACCCCCAGUACAAAAAGGAUCCCCUUAUCUACUCGAAGAUACAGAAUCUGUAUGGUGAAAGAUUUUUAGGGAGAAGUUUGGUGUCAGAAUUGGAUCAUGAAUUGUGGCGCAAGCAGCGGAGAAUUUUGGAUCUAGCAUUUCACCGAAGUUAUUUGAUGAGCUUGAUGGGAACAAUUAAUGAAAAAGUGGAACAAAUGAUGGAAAUUCUGGAAGCCAAGGCUGAUGGGCAGACUGAAGUAUGCAUGCAAGAUGUGAUAUGCUCAACUAUUUAUGAUUUAUCUGCUAAGAUACUUUUUGGAAUGGAGUCAAACUCUUCAGUUGAUGGACAGAGCCCAUUUCUCCUUGAAAUACAAAGCAUCAUGGAAGGCAUGGCUCUGAUGAAUAACCCCUUUGCAAAGUUUUCACUAGGGAAACGGAAAUUGAUAAACAAAACUCGAGAGAGCAUAAGAUGUCUGCGUCAGAUGGGAAAAGAGUGGAUCAAGUACAGGCGGGAAGCUCUCCAGAAUAAUCAAGAAUUCCCUCCAGAUGUCAUCAUGCAGUUGCUUAAAGGAGCAGCUGAAGAAGAUACAAAUGAUGAGUUUCUGGUGGAUAAUUUUGUCACUUUUCUUAUUGCUGGAUCUGAAACUUCUUGCAAUCAAGUAUUACUUACAUUAAUGGAACUGCAACGACAUCCAAAAAUAGUAGAGCGGCUUCGUGCUGAGGUGGAUGAAGUUAUUGGCACCAAAAAAAAUAUUGAAUAUCAAGACCUUGGAAAGUUGCAGUAUCUCUCACAGGUUCUCAAAGAAAUUCUCAGGUUAUACCCUCCUGUCACAGGAACAGUACGGUGGCUGGAAAAGGACACUGUAGUCGAUGGCCUUCUGAUUCCAGGAUGUACCUCAUUGUUUUUCAGUACCUAUGUAAUGGGCAGGUUGGAGAUAUACUUUGAGGAUCCCUUGACUUUUAAUCCAGAGCGGUUCAGUCCUGAAGUUUUCAAACCUAAUUUUACCUACUUUCCAUUUUCUUUGGGGCCAAGAUCCUGCAUUGGACAAUACUUAUCACAGAUGGAGGUGAAAGUGCUGAUGGCCAAAAUGUUUCAGAGGCUGGAGUUUCAGAUGGUCCCAGGACAGAGCUUUGGAAUUUUGGAAUCUGUGACUCUGAAGCCCAAGGAUAGCAUGAUCUGCACUCUUAAGCCCCGGGGAAGGUAGAAAGAUUUCUCUGGUCAUGAAGGAUGUCUCUGGUUUACCUUCUUAAGUAUUAGCUUCUUCAGACAUUAUGGAUUUUUCCCAGAAUGGAAUUCAGUAUCAGGAGCCUUCUGAUUUAGACAGCUAAAAUAUUAAAUCUUGAAGGGCCAGCUUGCAAUAAUAGGCUAUCUGCCAUCUAAAGCUGAGAAUAUUUAUUCUCACUUCUAACGAAUAGAGACAGUAUGAUGUAGUGGUCAGUGCUAGAUUUGGAGCUUGGAAAAUGUGGGGGCCAAUCCUGCCCCAGGUGCUUAGUAGCCAUGUAAUGCUGGGCAAAUCACUGAAAUCUUCUCUGUCUGUUUCCUUGUAUGUAAAAUAAAAAUAAUAAUAACAUUUAUUUCCUAGGCUUAUUGUGAGAAAAGCAUUUUGCAGAACUUAAAAUGCUAUAUAAAUGCCAAUCAUGAUGGAGAAUUAAGUAAGUUUUGGGGGAUUCAUGAGAAAAUAAUAAUCUUUACCUACAUCAUGAUUGAGAAGGGUCAUGGUGCAAGGCAAAGAAUUGAUCAAAGAUGAACUCAAAACAUGAAGUAAUCAGAGCCUAAAAUAAUCUGUGAAGCUUUUUCCUUCUUUUAGUUUGAGGAUUACUCAGACUAAAUAUGAAUCUGGUUAUCUGAGUCAGAGUAAUUUAAUUAAAGGAGUUCAAUUGAAGACCUCCUACCCUACUUCAAUCACUGAACUUAUUAAAUCAAGGAAGACUGUUCCUGGGAUGGACUGGAGAGAGGGGACUGGGACAUGGUUUAGGAAUCUAUAGUAAAGAAGGAUUAAUCCAAAAUCUUCCUACUAAGAUACUUUAAAAUUCAUUAAAAACCUGUUAUUUCUAAAAGAAGUGUGGAGAGUGAAUUUUCUUUCACAUUUGUUAUCAAGACCUCUGAAAAAUUAACCAUGCCUCAAUUCUCCAUUACCACUGAGGACAUUUGUGGGGAGUGACCAUGUUGGUGGAGGCUGCUAAAGGGAAUUGGAACCCAUUUUGCUCUGUACUCAUAAUUGCUCAUUGAAUAAAUCAUAGCAUCUUAAUCCUUCAUAAUCACAGAAUCUCCAAGAUGGGACUGGAGCAUCUACUGAUAUGUAGGGCUCUGCCCUAAGUGCCUACUUUCCCAUAAUUAAACAUGGGAAUUUGGAUCUUAAUUCAGGAAAGACAAUUUCUGGACUGGAGAGAAGGAAUGGGACAUGGUUUAGGAAUCUAUAAUGAAGACAGAUUAAUCCAAAAUCUUCCCAGUAGGAUAAUUUAAAAUUAAUUAAAAACCUCUUAUUUCUCAAAGAAAGUUCUCUAUAGUUUCACUUAUCCCAUAGUAACCCAUAGUUGUCAGAAUCCAUGAUGUGAGGUCAGGCAAGUGUAUACUUAGCAGAAGAACUAUAAGUAUAUUACCAGAAGAAUUACUAGUAUUCCCUACAUGUGUCUAUUCUUUCCACUAAUGGUAUGGAUAUUAAUGUAUAUUGUUUCCCAGGUUUGUAGGAGAAACAUGUUGUUGCAAUUUUCUAUACCAUGCUAUUUAAUUAAAUGCCUUUAUUUUUAAUUAUUUGUUUCCUCUGGCUAAUUAGCAAAAGUGAACAGAUUGAUAGUGAAGGAAUUUGGUAAGAAAGGUAGCAAGAGAUAAUUCAGGUAAAAUGUAUAACAGAAAGAUGUAUGCUUACAAAGCUCCUUUGCUCCUCCUUUGCUAAAAGAAAUCCUAUAAAGAAUGUAAUUUGAAGUGAGACUCUUUAUGGAUGGUUAAGUCUUCCAGAUGCUUCUGUUUGUGAUUCAGUUUAUACUUGUUGCAUCAAACCCUGAAACAUUACAAAGCAUUGUGGAAGAGAUCCAUAAUCACUCAAUAGAGUCUGACCUAAACAUCCACACAGGACAAAUCAAAUACAUGAAGAAUGUCUAUUGCCCUGAAUAUGGCAUGCAGUUGAAGAGACAAGCUAUAUGACUUAUCCAUCAGUUUAUCUGAGACAAACAAUAUAAACAAUGAGUCAUGCCCACAAUUAAACGAAAAGAGGAGAAUGUCUGGAUUGCCUCCAGGAAACUGUAAAACUCAUUUAAUGACCCCAAAUUUCUCUCAGAAGCAAAGGCACAUUUAAAAAAAUAAUGGUAUUCUACCAAUGUUCUUAUAUAGCUGUGAGGCACAGAACACAGCUGUCUCCAAAGAAAUGAAUAGACAUUUCAUACAGAGAAUAGUGAAAAAAGCACAUUGUAGUUAUGAAUAGAAUGCAACAUAUAACAAGUGAGCAACUUCAAAGAAGAUUAUGAAUAAAAUGUAUGAUAGAAAAGGGAGUUGGUCUGUUCAUGUAGCAAGGCUGAGAGUAGCUGUGUGAUCCUCUAACACCCUUGCGAUGACAGACAAAAGUGAGAAAAGAUUCCAAAACAUUUGGUGGAUCCUUUCACAAACAUCUCCCCUGACAACUCCUGUCUCCAGGAGGGAAUAGACAAGAGUCAGAGGAUGAGCAGGCAUGAAUCAAUGAUGCUCUCUAUCACAGAAGAAGAUAGGCACAUUUUAGAGCUCAUUUAAUGACUCCAAAUUUCUUCCAGAAACAAAAAUAAAUUAUUUUUAAAAUAAUGAUAUUCUCUUAGUGUUCUUAUGUAGCUGUAAGACACAAAACAUGGUAGUUUCUGGUGAUAAUAUUUUAAUCCUUUAGCUAUAUUUGUAGCAUUUUAACUAUCCAUAGAGAUUCAAAAAAAAUUCAAGCCUCUCGAUUUGACUUCUUUCUAUAUAUUUCUGCAUUCUUUUUGGACUUAUAUUUCUAUAUUUCUCAUAGUUUGUUGAUUACUUCAGGUAGAUUUGGAAGAUUCUACUUGGAGGAAAGACUUUCAAAGUAUUCUUGUUCCUAUCUAUUUGUACAUGUGUUUUCUAUAAAGAUUUCUGAGUUCUUCACAUAUAAAAUAUAUCUAUGAUUCUAUGAAAUAAUACUAGUUACUAUUUUCCAAUAAUUGAAAGAUGUAUAAUUUCACUGGUAUAAGUAUUUUAUUGCUACAAAUUGCAACCCCUCUAUUUUUGCUACAAAUUGCAACACCCCCAUAAUCUAGUAUAUAGUUCCUGCUAUUUCAUUAUAACAAGGUUAGGAAGAUCCAGAGAAGUAUAUAUUUUUAAAAUUUAGGAUGUAGAACUAGAAUACCAUGACAUAGGAUUUAACCAUGAUGCAGAAUUGAUACAAGUAAAAAUACAUUAUUUUGAAGAGUAGUAUUCAGGUUGGAUAUAAUGCUACAAUAUAUUUAUAAGAAUGAAUUUAAAACAGUUCUGACAUUGUAUAAAAAUAAUAAUAACUUAAGAAGUUAUUUUAUAAUUAUUGUGUGAAUUUUGUUAAUAAAUUGAAUUCUGUCUUUAAAAAUCUAA